AUGAUGCCAGGCAUUUUCUUUGUUAUUGGAAAGACUCAUUCUACUAUUACUGGUCCUAAUGGCGCCAAAGUCGGUACCUACUACAAGUACAUAGAAGCAUCACAACCCCAAGUCACCGGGGACAACGCUAAAUUGGUCAGCAAUAGAGUUUUCAAAGAUGAGACAUACUGUCUUUCCAUGUACUACCACAUGUAUGGACAAACGACCGGAACUCUUAAGAUUCAGACCCGGACCGGAAAUGACACGACAGUCACUCACUGGAAAAAGUCAGGUAACCAGGGCGACCAAUGGUACAGCCUUGAACUCAACCUCCCUAUUAACGACAACACUGAGAUAAUCAUUGAAGCCAUCAGGGGGUCAGACUUCUACAGCGAUAUCGCCGUCGACUACAUAGUGUUAUGGCCCAUUGCUUGUCCAUGAAGAGGUUAUUUCAGUGACCAGCAUCGACAGAAAUCUACAUGCAUCUGAAAAAUACUUUUGAUGUUUACUUUCAUCUAUGUAUUAUCUAUCUGAA